AUGGAAGACAAAAAGGUUGCUAAGGGGAAGCUAAAUCUUGAUAUAUCCAAUGGUAGUUUGCGUCUGAGGGAAUGGGUUCCGAAAUUUGAUCCUUACAAAGAAUGUUCCUCAUUGGCUCAAGUUUGGGUGCGCAUUUAUUAUUUGCCUAUCGAACUAUGGCAUCCAGAAGUUAUAGCGGCUGUUGGUCGUUACUUGGGAAAUCCGAUUCGCAUUGAUGGUGGUUCGGCGAAUAGAGAGGUGGGACACUAUGCUCGGGUCUUAAUUGAGAUUGAUCUCUCUGUACCCCUCCGCGAAUCCUUGAUGAUUGAUGAGGAUAAUAGCUCCAUAUAUAUUGAGUUUAGUUAUGAAUCGCUGCCAGAGUUUUGCAUGCAUUGCAAAAUUGUUGGUCAUACCUCAGAUAAAUGCAGGAAACUUAAGCAGAGGGAAGACAUGAAAAACAAAAAAACGGUGGGAAACACGAAUAAGGAUGAGAAAGUAGAAGGCUCGAAACAAGAGAAGCAGCAGCUGGCGGUUGAACAUAAGUGGCAGCAAAAACAGCAGAAUGCUUUAACAGAACAGACCUCUGCCGAGACUACGAAUGCUGUUGAUACGGCGAAGAAACGUUCAGAGGUUUCUGUCAAUUCUGAAGAUAAUCGGGCUCUCCUUCAGAGUGCUGCGAUGGAUUCUCCGGGGAGUAUGGAGCAAUCAGACUUUUCAAACAAAGUCAAUACUAGUAAUUCUUUCAUGACUCUUACGGAUACAGAGGAUAAUGGACAGGAGACGGGCCUGGACCUGCUGGAAAAGCUUUUGGUUAACACUUCGAAGAUGAAGAAUGAUUGCAUCAUUAACAUUGACUCCGGGCAAGAGAUGCAACGAUCUGAUAUUCCCAGACGGAACGGAGGUAAGUCUCAGGAUCCCAAUCCAGAUUUCAAGGAACUCGCCCUUGAAAAUGCUUUGAAAAUUCAAAAGUUGGAGGCCUACAUUCAAGAGCAGGAAGUUGUCAAAAGACGUGGAAGGCCCCCAGGAUCGGGGCGAGGAGAAAAAACACUUCACACACCUGCGGCUGAUUCGAUUAAGAACAGACUUAGGAAAUCCACAGAGCUGGGACAUAGUACUCAGAAUUUUGUCAUUGAAGAACCAGAGAGAGCGAGUGUUCACACAAUGCACAAUUUAGCAGCUAAAAGCUGGGCGGCGGAAAUGGAGCUGGAGGAAACUCCAUCUUCAACUUCCUGA